AUGGAGAGGAGGUAUGUGAAAGAGGCCAAAGAAGCUGUUAAGAAUGGAGAUCUAGAUGAAGCAUUUAAACUUUUCAAUUUGGCAAAGGAUAUUUUUCCCAAUAAAAAGGUGAUGAGUAGAAUAAAGAAAAUACAGGAAGCUUUGGAAGAGUUGGCAGAACAUGGAGACGAUGAAUUCACAGAUGUGUGCAGUUGUGGCCUCCUGCUUUAUCGAGAACUGCAUGACCAACUAUUUGAGCACCAGAAGGAAGGUGUAGCUUUCCUCUAUAGUUUAUAUAGGGAAGGAAGAAGAGGUGGUAUUUUGGCAGAUGAUAUGGGAUUAGGGAAGACUGUUCAAGUCAUUGCUUUCCUUUCUGGUAUGUUUGAUGCCGCACUUGUGAAUCAUGUGAUGCUGAUCAUGCCAACCAAUCUCAUAAGCAUGUGGGUAAAAGAAUUUGUCAAGUGGACUCCAGGAAUGAGAGUCAAAGCUUUUCACGGUCCUAGUAAGGACGAACGUACCAGAAAUCUCAAUUUGAUUCAGCGAAGGAAAGGUGUCAUUAUUACUACAUACCAAAUGUUAAUUAAUAAUUGGCAGCAGCUUUCAAAUUUUAAUGACCAAGAGUUUGUGUGGGACUAUGUUAUCCUUGAUGAAGCACACAAAAUAAAAACUUCAUCUACUAAGUCAGCAAUAAGUGCUCGUGCUAUCCCUGCAAAGAAUCGUAUCCUCCUCACAGGGACACCAAUACAGAAUAAUUUACAAGAAUUGUGGUCCCUAUUUGAUUUUGCUUGUCAGGGGUCCCUACUAGGGACAUUAAGAACCUUUAAAAUGGAGUAUGAAAAUCCCAUAACUAAAGCAAGAGAGAAGGAUGCUACCACAGAGGAAAAAGCCCUGGGAUUUAAAAUAUCAGAAAACUUAAUGACAAUCAUAAAGCCCUAUUUUCUCAGGAGGACUAAAGAAGAGGUACAGAAAAAAGUGUCAAAAAACCAAGAUAUCAAACUUGGUGAAAUGAAUCCAAAUGUUGAUGCCAUUUGCCAAAUGCCUUCACUUUCCAGGAAAAAUGACUUAAUUAUCUGGAUACGUCUUGCACCACUACAAGAAGAAAUAUACAGGAAAUUUGUGUUACUGGACCAUAUCAAAGAGUUGUUGAUGGAGACACGCUCACCUUUGGCUGAGCUAGGUGUCUUAAAGAAGUUGUGUGAUCAUCCUAGGCUGCUGUCUGCACGGGCUUGUUGUUUGCUGAAUCUACAGAGGCCCAAAUUCUCUUUUCAAAAUGAAAAGAAUAGGGAAGAGUUUUCAGAUAUGAGCCAUAUUAAUCAAGUAACUGAUGAUACAUUGAUGGAAGAAUCUGGAAAAAUGAUCUUCCUAAUGGACCUUCUUAAAAGACUACGAGAUGAAGGGCAUCAAACUCUGGUCUUUUCUCAAUCAAGACAAAUUCUAAACUUCAUUGAACAUCUCUUAAAGAAUAAGCAUUUUAAGACACUGCGAAUUGAUGGAACAAUUACUCAUCUUUUGGAGCGAGAAAAAAGAAUUAACUUAUUCCAGCAAAAUAAAGAUUACUCUGUUUUUCUGCUUACUACUCAAGUUGGUGGUGUUGGUUUAACAUUGACUGCAGCAACUAGAGUGGUCAUUUUUGAUCCUAGCUGGAACCCUGCGAUUGAUGCUCAAGCUGUGGAUAGGGUUUACCGAAUUGGACAAAAAGACAAUGUUGUGGUUUAUAGGCUAAUCACUUGUGGGACCGUGGAGGAAAAAAUAUACAGAAGACAAGUUUUCAAAGACUCAUUAAUAAGACAAACUACUGGUGAUAAGAAGAAUCCUUUCAGAUAUUUUAGUAAACAAGAAUUAAGAGAGCUCUUUACAAUAGAGGAUUUUCAAAGCUCUGCAACCCAGCUACAGCUUCAGUCUUUGCAUGCGGCCCAAAGAAGAUCUGAUAAAAAACUGGAUGAACAUAUUGCCUACCUGCACACUUUGGGAAUAGCUGGAAUCUCAGACCAUGAUUUAAUAUACACACAUGAUCUAUCUGUCAAAGAAGAGUUUGAUGUGACAGAAGACUCUCAAUAUAUCCAACAUAGAGUUCAAAAAGCUCAAUUCCUUGUUGAAUUAGAGUCUCAAAAUACACAGCACCAAAGGGAAAGACAAAAGACAGUAAGUGAAGGGGCCUGGCUGACAGAACCUGUGUUUACUUCUCAAGUAAAGAAGAAAUGCCCUAAGUUGAAUAAAUCACCGUUUCAGCCUUUGCCACUCAUAACUAAUCCUCAUAGCCAGGAAGAAGAUGUAAUCAUUAAUGAUCUGACUGAAGAUCUAGCAAGUGUAAUCAUUGAUGAUCUAGCUAAACAGAGUGAGAAACAAGACCUCUCCGAUAUAAAUAUUUCUGUCCUACAAGAUGGUAGGGACACAUAUGAAAAGAAAUUUGAUCCCAAGUUUGUAGCUACUUCACCCAGAGGGUGUGGAACUAUACAAGAUACUGGCACUGAAUCUUUACUAGAUAUAGCCAAAAGCUUUAUAUAUGACAGUGAGGCUUUUAAAAAGGAAGCAUUGCAAGAGAACCCUCUGGGAAGUUUUAAUUAUUUGCUUAACAAAUCAAUCAGAGCUGAUCCUGACCCAGACCUAGAUAUACUGAAGGAUGGUGAAAUUCUCCAUCACUGUAAUCUAUGGCCCAUCAAUUCUCUAACAAAUAAAAAUGGAGAAUUGACUACAUCCAUUAUUGAAAUAGCUGACAACUUGUCAGCAUGUGAUAGUGCUCAGCAGGGUGAUCAAGCAAACGAUAGCAAAUCAGAAGAGGAACCUUUAACAUCUUCACCACAGUAUGCAUGUGAUUUCAAACUUUUCUUGGAAGAUUCAACAGAUAAUGGCCACAAUCUUUUCAGUCAGUCUUUGAAGCAAGUUGAGAAAGAAAAAUGUUUGUGUAGUUCUUCAGCUAGUUCUAGCACAGAGUUUGUGCUUAACAAAUCAUGUUGUCUCAGUUUGGAUUCUUCUGAAAAGGAUGAUGAAAUAGAACUAGAUAAUAUGAAAAUUAGGAGUCAAUCUAGGAGGAUUGUUUCAGAUAGUGAAGAUGAGUAUAAUUCUUUUAAAAGUAUUUCAGGCAUAAAUCUAUUCAAUACAUCUCCCUUUCCCUUCUCUCCUGUGAAACAGUUUGAUGCUUCAACUCCCAAUGACAUCAAUCCACCUCAAAGCUGCUUUUCACCUAAAACAGAUAAUAGUAAAAACAAGACUAUGAACUCUAGACGAUCUCUGGCAUCUAGGAAGUCUCUUAUUAAUGUGCUUUUAGAACAUGUGAAGGAUAUGGAGGAAACACUUGACAGUAGUGAAGCAAAUGGUAUUGAUGAUUAUCUGGAAGGAGUAGAUGAAAACAGUAGAAAAACCUCAGACUACAUAGAAGAGGAUCCUUACAAAGAAAAGUUAAAUUCAGAAAAUAAGUCCAGCUGGUUAACUACAUGUAAACCUGGUACUCUAGGUCAGGAAAGCUCUACUGGUGAUCCUGAACCUUUGUCUGGUAAACAGUUGGUUGAUUUUCCUCAGGAUAAGGCAAUGGAGACUGUGACUGAAUAUGAGACUCUUGUAAUGCGUGGAAGAGAACUAAAAGAGUGUGGCAAAGUACAAGAAGCCCUAAACUGCUUAGUUAAAGCACUUGACAUAAAAAGUGCAGAUCCUGAAGUCAUGCUUAUGACUUUAAGUUUGUAUAAGCAACUUAAUAAAGCUUAA